UCUCUCGGAUACAUCACUGAAACCCGAUGGUAUAACAGUUAAAUGCCUAGGCAACUUUGCUCCCGCGGGCCGACGAAAGACGCCCCUGAAUGAGUGGGCAAAUCAAAACAAUCACAGUACACCUCUGAUCUGGCAUGUAUCAUGUCCGUCAUUUUUGAGGUGUCUGAUGAUUAUAAGUGUUGACAGGUAAGCGAAAAUUGGGUCUGAUCAUUUUCGCGGGUGAUGGAACAUGUCAAUAGAACUUCUACGAUUACGAAUUCACACCUGUCCCUGGCUGAGGCUAGGGAGAUAGUCAAGUUGGUCAUACAAGACUAUCUAUAAACAGGAAACGUUAGCUAAAGUCCGAGAUUCUUGGAUAUCAUCGCGUCACAGUCUUUACCCCGCAUCAACUCCACCAUCGCUCUACGCCACAUCAAGAUAGGGAUGAUGCCUCGGAUCAACUCCGUCAGAGGUCCCCCGCUUUCAAGCCUUGGUGGAUUUCGGAAAUCAAUGUAUAUGUAUGAAAUCUCCUGAAUUUUGACUUUUCAAACUCCCUUCACACCAUACCUAGAACGUAAAUAAGUACUGUGAUAAUAGCAAGAAUGGCCGCCGCGACUCCAGCAAAGACUCCAGCAAAGACUUUUGACAUUUCAAAGAAAUACAAGGCUAUCGUUUACGACAAGCCUGGAAGUAUUUCUACAAAGAUCGAGGAGCUUGAAACCCCUGAGCCGGGUCCAGGAGAUGUUCUCGUUCGAUUGACACACUCAGGGGUUUGCCAUUCGGACAUGGGCGUCAUGGAGAAUAGCUGGCGGGGUUUACCAUACCCGACUCAGGCUGGGCAAGUCGGCGGUCACGAAGGGGUAGGGUUUGUUCACAAGCUUGGUCCAGGAUCAGAGAAUGGCCGAGUAAAAGUUGGAGAUCGCGUUGGCAUCAAGUGGAUUGCUUAUGCCUGCGGAGCAUGCCCACCUUGCCUCGAGGGACAGGACGGCGUCUGCUUUAACCAAAAGAUCUCCGGUUAUUAUUACCCCGGUACAUUCCAGCAAUAUUGCCUUGCACCAGCUUCCUACGUCACUCCGAUUCCUGAUGCCUUGUCUUCCGAAGAUGCAGCGCCGAUGUUGUGUGCUGGUGUGACAACGUAUUCAGCCUUGAGAAAGUCUGAUGCAAAAUCUGGGCAAUGGGUUGUGAUUUCUGGCGCCGGUGGUGGAUUAGGCCAUUUAGCAUGCCAAAUUGGAUCUCGAGGAAUGGCUUUGAGAAUCGUUGGUAUUGAUCAUGGAAGCAAGGAAAAUCUGGUGAAGGAAUGCGGCGCUGAAGUUUUCAUUGAUAUUACCAAAUACGACGACAAGACAAUUGCAGAGGAGGUCAAGAAGGCCACAGGAGGACUUGGUGCAUCAGCAGUUAUUGUCUGCACAGCUUCGAACAAAGCGUAUGCUCAGGCUCUUGACAUGCUCAGAUUCGGCGGAACUCUGGUUUGCGUAGGCAUGCCAGAGGGCGACUCUGUUCCCAUUGCAAAAGCCUUUCCGGCUGCAAUGGUCGCAAUGUCCCAUAGUAUCAAAGGAAGCGCUGUGGGAAAUCAGCGUGAGGCUCUCGAAGUAUUGGACAUGGCUGCCCGUGGCAUAGUCAAAACUCGAUUGAGAAUUGAGCCAAUGGAAAAGCUGACCGAAGUCUUCCAAGAGAUGUCCGAGGGCAAGAUGCAAGGGAGAGUUGUUCUCGACCUUCAAUAGGCUACAAUAGGAAACAGGAGUUAUUGAUUAUAGGCGAAUAAGACUUGUAUAUGACGAAAUUGCUCUCCCGUGCUUGAAAAUUGUGGGUCGGCAAGUGGAUGAAGGUUACAGCAUAGGGCUGAAGUGGCGAACUCAGAACUCCCGAAAGUCGAGGGCUGUAUUAUUUCCCGGCCCCUCGUUACGAUCUCCUCUGGAUAGUAAACCUGUGGUCCAAUGGCUGCCGAGCUUUGAAAAGCUGAAGAUGCUUGGUAUACAUGAGAGCCAGUGGACUCGGUGCGCGGCGCGCGGUUUUGGCCGAAACGCUCUUGCCUGCUGGACUGUGAUUACUGGGUAUGAAAUUUGCCUAGGUAGAUAUCUCCUGUAUGCAGCUAUACGCCUGGGAACCUAAUGCAACGGUGCGAAAAAUGUGCAUUCAUGUCUGGCAUCUCUGUGGACGCUCCACCACGCCGCACCUGCGGUUGGCCAUGCUCCAGGCCAUCACUUGCGGGAGGAGGGAGGAGGGAGGAUGCGGUUCACCUCCACGGCGUUCUGCUGUAAUCGAGACACGCCGAUGUUGGAAACAGCUCGCUCGAUACUGGUCUGUCUGCACCAUGCGUGUGACGGAAGCCAGGAAACAGAAGGAGGUGGAGUGGAGGUGGAGGUGGAGGUGGAGGUGGAGGUGGAGGUG